CCUAUCCUCCUGGGAUGGAUCAUAUGUCCGCUUGCUUGGCUCCUUCCCCUAGACACAAAACACACCCUUUCGUGUCGGCCUAAUCAAUGGGGAGUGCUCUUGGAGGAGGUGCCUGUAGCAGUUGGCCCGCCUGUGAUUGGCCGACGUGGGCUCUUAAUUGGAUUAAGGGAACCUGCUUAGCUUGAUGCUUUGUGCCGCACAAGAGAACACGGAGACGGUGGCAAGACAGGAAGAGAAGGAGAGAGGGAGGAGGCCUGCCCCGCUCACUACUUUAGUGAGAGGAGGGGUGAAAAAAAAAAGAAAAAGAAAAGGGGGAGUCACCUAUCUUCUUUGCCCUUGUGUGCUGCUGCUGCAGCCUAUCUCCCUCCCUCCUCCCGCCUCCUCUGUAUCAUUCUCUCUUCUUUCCCUUACUCAUCUGUUUCUGUGGUUGCUCCGGAGAGGAAGGAGGACACCUGCCGCUCCCUCAUGAUUCAGCCAUUCUGCUGCCUGGAGCUUCUCAGACACACAAGGCAGCAUGUCCCGCCUGCCACUGCAGUGCCGGCCCGUCCUGUCCAAUGCACUUCAACUACUGCAGCAGCAGACGUCCCAUCACUGCAACGCCAUCUCUUUCGUCCAAGUGCUCAGGUGAGUGAGCCUUCACUAUUGCGCCAUCCUCCCUUUCGGACCAAUGCGAAGCAUCCAAGGAAUCUCCGAAUUUUUUUUUUUCUUCUAUUUUUAAUCCUGCAGAAUAUUUGAACAUUCCACUUGUGGACGUGUGAACGUGUUUCUUUGAGAUUAUGGGACUCCUUUCCGUUGUACAUGGACGGCCAUCCACGUAUACCCCAUAUUGUUAACAAGGUCAGAAUCAAGAACGUGCCCCCCCGCUUUCCUUCGCAAACCCGGCUCUCCCCCAUGAUGGACGACAUACUUAAAGUGACUGGCGGCUUACGGUGUCUGAGUUACUAGUGUUCGGAGAACCUGCAUCCACCAGUUAAAAUUUGUUUUUUGAAAAAAAAUGACUGAAGGAGUGGAGGAUUUCUCUGCAGGGCCAGUCCCCCCUCCUGGAUUAGCCUCCCCCUCUGGCUCCACUGUUGAUACUGGACAAUUCCCAGAGGAGAAACCAGAGGAGACGGAGGCAGCUGGAGGGAACGGGGAGGAGGUUGCAGAGGUAACUGCAGAGGGAGGAGAUGACGAUGAUGGUGGAGAGCAUCCGGGAGCUUUAGGAGUUAUGGCUUUGCCCGGCACCUGCUGUGUGUGCAUCAAGAUGGAACAGAUUAACCAUUGCUUGCACUCCGAGAAAAUCUGCAUUCUGCCCAUCCUGGCCUGCCUGCUUAGUUUAGCUCUGUGCACGGCAGGACUCAAAUGGGUCUUUGCCGAUAAGAUCUUUGAGUAUGAACCUCCCACUCAUUUAGAUCCGAAACGCAUAGGGCAAGAUCCUAUGAUCAUAUCAGCGGACCCCACUCUGGGACUAAUACCUCAUCCGUCAACUGUCUCCCUGACCACCACUUCCGCCAUAACCUCAGCGCAACCUGAGGUUUUAAAGGAGGACACGUCGACGCGAGGUUCAUAUGUCCCUCCGCCAGGGACCCAAUCCGAACCGUCGGUCACCGUUAAAUCGGCUGCUGAACUUCCCACCAUCCCAAAGCGGACCACCUUCCCUUUGACAACGCAAGAAGUGAACGACAUCUUCAUCCCAACUAUCUCUUCCACCAGCACCACUACUAAAGCCAAGACCUCCAGUCAUGUGACGCGCUGCAGUGAUAGCCAGAAGAACUACUGUGUCAACGGAGGGGAGUGCUUUACCCUAGAAAUCAUGCCUGGCAGCACUAAGUUUUUGUGCAGGUGCUUGACCGGAUUCACUGGGCACCGAUGUGAACAAGCUGUGCUUAAGAAAGUCUCAAACCCAAAACAAGCUGAGGAGCUGUAUCAGAAACGUAUUUUAACAAUAACAGGAAUCUGCAUUGCCCUCCUAGUGGUUGGAAUCAUGUGUGUGGUUGCCUACUGCAAAACAAAGAAGCAGAGGAAAAAGCUCCACGACCGUCUCAGGCAGAACCUGAGAACUAAGAGGAACAAGAUGGCAAAAUCAGCCAGCCGACGCCAGGUUUCCAAUUUGCCUCUCCAGGAUUUGCAGCAGGCCAAUCAGUGUAAUGGGACAGCGAUCCAACACGCAGCUGAGAAAGAGACAGAGACAACAUUCUCCACAAGCAAAUAUGCCUUAUCCACACAACAACCUACCACUCUCAGCAACAUCUCCAGCCAAAGGCGUCAAUCAGAUGAGAAAAUACUGCCUCAUCUGUCUACAGUUUCCUGCAGCCCUCCUGCAACUCCAAGCUCUCCUCCCUCAGAGAUGUCAGCCACUCUUUCCAGCCAAGCCAUCUCGGUCCCCUCUGUGGCUUUAAGCCCCUCUGCUGAGGAGAAGCGCCCCCUCCUGCUGUCAAAGGCACAUCAACCACCCAAGUCCUUAAGCCGAGAUGAACUAAAGAGGACCUCCGCACAUUACAACCAUGGCCAGGAAGCACAUAGCUUGCCACCUAGCCCGCUCUGUGCUAUGAAGAAUGAUAAGUACCAAGUCACAGUCACUCCUGCAGCUAGUCGUAUGAUCUCAGCAUCCACAGAGAAGCUAGUGAAUACAAACAACAUUAUCAAUAACCACAGCAUCAAAGAAGCAGCGGUUAUUAAUGGUCAUGUGCCACAUAAUAAAGAGUUCAGUAUUGACCGCAUGUUGGCCAACCAACCAGAGGAUACGAAGGGGGAUCACACACCAUUCAUUUCAAUAGAAAACGCUAAAGCCCUGCUGUUAAGGGCCAAGGAUAGCAGUAGGACUACUGCAACAUCACGAAAUGGUGACCUGCAACUCAUGUCAUCCAGCGCCGCCACCAAACAAGACCCAAGAACUGUUUAAAGUAGUUGCUUGUUUAGAAAAAUUACAAUCACUACUUAACCUUUAUUUUGUACAAAAUUAUUUGCGGCAAAAAAAAAAAGAAGAAAAAAAACCACUUUCAAUGAUAAAUGAAAAGCAAAACUUUUAUUUUAAUGAUGUAGUGAAGAUAGAGUUUUUAUAAAUUAAAAAAAAUGUACUAAAUUGUUGAUGUCUUGUAGAUGAAGUGCCAUACACAGGUAUGUAGCAGUGUGUAAAAAAUAGCAAUGUAUAUCGUAGCGUGUAAAAAUAUCAAUGGUGCCUUUCUGUUAGGUAUGCUUAAGGGAACUGCAAAUGCAAACAGGGCCAUUUAUUCAACCAUCCUAAUUUUCUAAAUCAAGAAUACCAUGCUAGCUGCCUUCUGUGUCUCAUAGUUUGAAGUAAAGAAACUCAAAUAUAUUAGUUUGGUAACAGAGUUCAGAAUGCAUGCUUCAUCCGGUCCUAGAAAUACCGUACAAGGUGAUUUUGUGUCAAUAAAGCCUUUGGAGCGCU